UCAUCUUUGUGUUUGGAUAAACCUCUGAAUGGACGGUGUGCUCUUUUUUCUGGAGCGUUUACCUCGGACUAUAGGAGCUAGCUUAGCAUGCUAGCUGGAAACACGUUAGCAACACUAGUCAGAUUGAGAGUUUGAGGGAGAGAGAAACGGCGUGUUUAACGGGGUUUGCAGGGGUUACUCUAGUAAACAUGAGUAAAGUCCAAAUGCUGCUGUCGUUGAAGAAGCAGCGACUCACUGCUGCUGCUGAAGAGAUAUUUGGUCUGUUUGAAAAGACUAUAGCAGAGCACGAGGAGGAGCUGUCUCUUUCCAAAGAGGAGAACAAGAGACUCCAGAAACUACUGGACGCUGCUUUACAGCCUCAGCUUCGGAUACACAUAGCAGAUGUCCAGCAGCUGGUGGUGGUUAAAGAAGAGCUUCUCCCUGACCAGCAGGAGUGGAGCACCAGUCUGGACCAGGAGGACCCAGUGCCCCCCCCACACAAUAAGCAGGAACAGGAGGAACUCAGGAUCAGUCAGGAGAGAGAGCAGCUUCAGGAGCUGGAGGAGGCUGAUAUCAUCAAUACCACGUUCACUCCUGACCCUGUGAAGAGUGAAGAUGAUAAAGAGAAACCUCAGCCCUCACAACCUCAUCAAAGACAAACUGAACACAUGGAAACAGAAGCUGAUGGAGAUGACUGUCGAGAACCAGAACCAGCCAGGAACUCAGAUCCAGAGAGCAGUUUACAACCAAAGACUGAGGACGACACUGACGACUCUUCUGAACCUGACACUGGAGACUCUUCUGAACCUGACACUGAAGACAGUGCUGAUUGGAAAGAGACCAGAGAACCUGCUUCAGGCUCAAACUCACUGAAAAAUAGACAUGAAUCUGUCAGUGAUCCACAACGUAGUGCUGAAAAUAAACCAUUCAGCUGCUCAGUCUGUAAGAAAGCUUUUUCACGGAAUUAUAGUUUAAAGGCACACAUGAGAGUCCACACAGGAGGGAAACCCUUCAGCUGCUCAGUCUGUAAGAAAGCUUUUUCAAUGAAAACAUAUGUAAAACGACACAUGUUGGUCCACACAGGAGAGAAACCACACUGCUCAGUCUGUAAGAAAGCUUUUUCACAGAGUGGAAGUUUAAAGUUACAUAUGAAAAUCCACACAGGAGAGAAAUCCUAUAGCUGCUCAGUUUGUACCAAAUCUUUUGUGCAGAGUGGAAAUUUAAAGAGACACAUGAGAGUCCACACAGGAGAGGAAAAAUAGAGCUGCAAUGUUUGUAACAUUUAAAUGGCAUAAAAGUUUCAAAAGACACAAGUGUGUUGGUUGUCAGCUGCUUUUUUAACUGCAAGGGAAUACAUUUGUCUAUUUUGUAUCCUGAUGACCUAAUGCCGUUACAUGUAAUACUUUACUCCCUAAGCCUGUUUUCACCCACCUGCAAACGAUUCGCUAAUAAUCACAAAUGUUAAUUUAUUUGACCCCUUGACUCGACUAUUUCUUAUUUAAUAAUCGUUACAUCUCCUCAGGACCAAGUUCCCGUGUCCUGCCUUUCACCUGCUGAUCACCCACUGCUCAUUUAAGGUGGACUGACCUUUACAAGGGACCAGCUAGUAGUGUCUUAAUGCAAACUUUUUGUAAAGUGAUGCAAGACCAAAAACGUGUUGUUGGGUUGUGUGCUCUCUGCAGGACGGUGUCUGUACUCAAAGAUUGUUUAUGAGAUUAGAGCUUCACUCUGUUUUUGUUGUCUAAACAACGCCAACAGAGCGAUACGUCUUCUUUCCAGCAGAUGGCAUACAUGUUACAUUAUCCAGUUCAACUGUCAUCCACAUAUUAAUGAUUCAAAACAGCAAUGUGUAAGAUAUGGCUAGUAAUUGACUAUUUCAGCAGAAUGUGAAGAGGUUACAGUCAUGAGGCCAUGUCCAAUAUGUUUAUGUUUCGUUCGAUUAAAUCUACUGAAAUGAG